AUGGCGGCAGACAAUGGUGCUCAUUUGCCGUAUGGAGAGACUGGCACUGGCAACUAUGGUGCCAAUGUCGUUUCGAUCUAUGACAAAUAUCACAUUUUGUUGCGAUCUGAAUUCUUCCUUGAUGUGGCUAAGACAGUUCCAUUUCCGGAUAGAAACUCGGUGUACAACAUCGGCGACUACGGAACUGCUGAUGGUGCAGCUGCCAUGACACUCCUGAAGAAACUGAUAGAGUGCCUGAAGGAGCACCACGGACCUCAUGUGCAGUUCCAGGUCAUCUAUGAAGACAAAGUGGACAAUGACUUCAACUCUCUGUUCAAACGCCUCGGUGGUUUAAUCCCUGAUCCACAGUCGUACCUCCAGGACCUUGAGAACGUCUAUGCUCUGGCUUCUGGAACUAAUUUCUAUAAGCAGUGUGUUCCAGCCGAUUCAAUGCACAUAAUACUCUGCAUUGCUGGUGUUCAUUGGCUUUCUGGAAAGCCUCCUAUGAACAAAGAUUUCAUCUACUCUUUCCCAGGGACAGAAGCUGUUGUCAGGCAAAGGUUGGAGAAACAGGCGUCAGAAGACUGGGAGAGGUUUCUGAUCUUCAGGAGUCGCGAGCUGAAGAAAGGGGGAUUGAUGAUUGUAGCUGCACCUAGCGAUAACGCAAAUAGACCAGGAGGGGUGCGAAUAUGUUCCGAAACGCUUUUACAAACCUUGAACUCCACAUGGAAGGAGUUUCGUGACAAAGGUAGGAUAUCAAAAACAGAAUUCAUCAACACGAAUCUAGCAUGCUUUCAGAAAAGCCUGGAUAUGUUGAAAUCACCUUUUGAAGAUCCGAAUUCAAAAGUAGUUAUGUCCGGAUUGCGUCUACUAUCAGCUGAGGUGGUCACUAUUCCUUGUGGAGCCUGUGAUGACUGGUUAUGGCAGAAGGAGAACAAGGGUGUGGAUGACAGGGCUGGAUAUGCCAGACGGUACGUGGCAGCUAAUCGAUGUUGGAGCAACAGUGCCUUCCUCACAGGCCUUUCAGAGUCAAGGAGCAAGGUGGAAAAGGAAGAAAUAGUGAACGAGCUGUAUGAUCAGGUAGAGGAGGGCAUUUGA